AUGCCCUCAUGUCGCCCACCCCGUAUCUUCCCUCCGUUCCCGUCGCCUCCGCGCUCUCCCCUCCCAUCCCGUCGCCCUCGUGCCUUCCUUCCCGCUCCCGCGCCUUCGUACUCACCCGUCCCGUCCCUUCUCGUCGCCUUCGUACCCACUCAUCCCGCACCUUCCUCUCUCCCUUCGCAUCACCCACCUCGUCACCCUCCCUUUCCUCCCGACGCCAUCCCGUUUCCCGUCGCCCUCCGUUCAGUUAGGCUUCGCGAUCUGCUCUCUCAUCCCAUCGUGCUCCCGUUUCCCAUUGCGUUCUGUUCAGUUAGCCUUCGCGAUCAGCUCUCCCAUCCCUUCGCCCUCGUUAUCUCUCCACGCUGCCCGUCGCGCUCGCUAUCUCCCCCCUCUCCCUGUCGCGCUCGCUAUCUCCCCCCUCUCCCUGUCGCGCUCGCUAUCUCCCCCCUCUCCCUGUCGCGCUCGCUAUCUCCCCCCUCUCCCUGUCGCGCUCGCUAUCUCCCCCCUCUCCCUGUCGCGCUCGCUAUCUCCCCCCUCUCCCUGUCGCGCUCGCUAUCUCCCCCCUCUCCCUGUCGUGCUCGCUAUCUCCCCCCUCUCCCUGUCGCGCUCGCUGUCUCCCCCCCUCUCUCGUCGCGCUCGCUAUCUCCCCCCCUUUCCCCGUCGCCCUCGCUACCUCCACGGUUAUUUCCGAGCAGAGAGCAAUGUGCUGCUGAGAUGACACCCAACCACUACAUCCCUUCUCGUCGCCCUCACAAUCUCUCUUCCCUUCCCGUCACUUCACUUUCUUCCGCCCCUUUUGAUCGCGCUCACGUUCUCCCCUACCUUCCCGUCUUCCUGGUGUUCUCCUCUCCCCUUCCAUCACCCUUCCUUUCUCCCCUGUCCUCCCGUCGCCUUCGCUCCCCACAUCCCGUUGUUCCUCCUCUCUCCCCUCCUGUCCCGUCGCCCCCCCUGUCCUCACUCCCUGCUCUUCGCCUUCGCUGUCGACCUGCCCAACCGUCCUCACGCCCUUCCUCCCUCCCUAUUGCAACCGCUCUUGUACUAUUUCCCCCCCCCCCCCUUUUUUUUUCCGAGUGA